AGUGGCAAAAUAUUAAAAAAUUUAAGAAAACUAGAAUUGAUGAUAUUAUAAAAGAUUACUUAGCUAUAUCUAUUAAAUUAAGAGGAUUUAUCAAGUCUACUGCUUUAUCUCAAAGAACAAAAGUUCUAGAAAUUACAAUCA